AUGAACCUGAUCCUCGUGAGCCUGAAGCGCAUCCGCGAAAAUGGGGAGGGGGAGUUCUUCUUCCAAACGGACGAGCGGCAAACGAGCCACCUAAGGAGUAUCCUAAAGGUACAGCUGAACCAAGUUGUGAAGGUGGGCGUGAUCAAUCGCGGAAAAGGAGAAGGAGUCAUCACCGAAGAGAGCACCAGACAUUACACAAUAAAGCUACUAACACCGAUGCAUUUACGAAAAGCAGAAGACACGUACAUACCAAUCGAUGUGGUCAUUUGCAUCCCCAGGCCAAAGGUGUUGAAUAAAUUUCUCCAGCAGUUAUCCUCCGUAGGGGUAAAAAAAAUUGUCAUCGUUUUUUCCAAUUUUGCAAAUAAAUCAUAUGAAUCAAGCAGAGUUUUAAAAAAUGAGGAAAUAAAAAAUGCUCUUCAGCUUGGGUUGGAACAAGCCAUGUGUACACAGUUUCCUCAAGUUUUCAUUCACUACUCAUUUAGUUCCUUUGUUAUGAAUAUCGACCGAUAUAGUGACGAGAGAACCAUCAAGCUGUGUGCACAUACGGAGGUUAGACGAAGCGCCGGUUGCGUAGAACGAGACAUUUUAGGUGCAGAGAGGGGGAAGAUACUUCUCAUGGUAGGCUGUGAGAGGGGGUUUUCUGAACUUGAAAUUUUUUUAAUUAGAAAAUUGCAGUUUCGCUUUUUCAAUUUGACGGAGCGGAUUUUGAAGUGCGAAACGGCUUUGCUGGUGAUCAUCGGCCAGUUGUUACUGCUCACGGAGAACGCGGCGCUGCGGCCCAGCGGGCGGAAAAUGCUCCGCCAGGGGGGGGACACCAUCGGUGUGGGCGAUACUAACGGUUUUAGCGGCAUGAGCGAUGUUAGCAGCACGGAGUGCUCGAACCACGUGGGCCGCCAAAACGGCUGCGCCGGUUCGGAGCAGGGCCCGCGCGGCCCCACAACGGAAAACGACCCUUUCGGCGAAAUUAAAAAGUUGCUAGCGACGGAGCCGUCCUUUCCCCACCAGCUGGUAAAGGCCGUGAACGAUUUUAUUAGCAGCAAAGCUAACCACAGUGAGGAGCUCCAACGUGACCCCUGUGAUGAGCAAAAAAAUGGCCACUUAACCGAAGGGGCGACCGACAUUGACGCCCUCCUUCGAAGCAUACACGCGCUAAGUACCGACGAGGAGGGAAAUUUUGAAAAUAUCUACUUAAGUCUGCUACUGAAAAAAAUUAAAUACAAAAAUAAAUUUAUUCUGUCCUACGCCGAUCAGCAAAAAAAUGUGGACGACGACGGGGUGUUCAUAUACAGAACGCAGCCGUACGUGUCAAAAAAGAAAAAAGGCCCCUCCUGA